GCCAAACCUCGCCCAGAGUCAGGCGUGUAAACCAGCCCGAGCGGCGGCGGCGGUAGCGGCAGCGGCAGCGGCAGGACCGCCGUGGCGCCGGUAGCAGCGACCCGGAGGGAGCGCGAGGCGACGCUGGCUGCAGGGGCCCGGUGACAGCGCGAGAGGUCUGAGCCCAUUUACAGAAAGAAGGGACAUAUCUUCCUUUAAAAUUUCCUGAAGCCAAUUUCAUUUUGUUUCCUGUCAGGUACUAGCUUUUACAAGUUUGCACCAUGCGUGAAUAUAAGCUAGUCGUUCUUGGCUCAGGAGGUGUUGGAAAAUCAGCUCUGACUGUACAAUUUGUUCAAGGAAUUUUUGUUGAAAAAUAUGAUCCUACGAUAGAAGAUUCAUAUAGAAAGCAAGUUGAAGUAGAUGCACAACAGUGUAUGCUUGAAAUCUUGGAUACUGCAGGAACGGAACAAUUUACAGCAAUGAGGGAUUUGUACAUGAAAAACGGACAAGGUUUUGCAUUAGUUUAUUCCAUCACAGCACAGUCCACAUUUAAUGAUUUACAAGAUCUGAGAGAACAGAUUCUUCGAGUUAAAGACACUGAUGAUGUUCCAAUGAUUCUGGUUGGUAAUAAGUGUGACUUGGAAGAUGAAAGAGUUGUAGGAAAGGAACAAGGUCAAAAUUUAGCAAGACAGUGGAACAACUGUGCAUUCUUAGAAUCCUCUGCAAAAUCAAAAAUAAACGUUAAUGAGAUCUUUUAUGACCUAGUGCGGCAAAUUAACAGAAAAACUCCAGUCCCUGGGAAGGCCCGCAAAAAGUCGUCAUGUCAGCUGCUUUAAUAUACUAAAUGCAUUGUAGCUCUGAGCCAGGUCUGAAGAACUGUUGCCCAAUUCAACAGUGCCAGCAUUCCAACUUUGUUAAACCUACCAACAUCUUCAAUGGACUUUCUGUGGUGGUACCCUUUAAGAGGCGGAUGAAAGCUACUACAUCAGUUUGCACAUUCUAAUCACUUUCCAGUAUCACAAGAGAGAUUUUUACUUAUAUAAUAGUCCUAGAGUAUGCAGCUGGUAAAACCAGAGGCUACAAUCCAGUAUUACUGCUAAGAGACAUUUUUCAUCCACCAAUGUUGUACAUGUAUGAAAAUGGUGUACUGUAUACUUUAACACGCCCCAUACUUUGUAUUGGAGAGUACAAUAAUGUAAAUCCUAAAAGCACCACUAUUUUAGCAUAAUAAAAGAAAGUCCAAAGAGCUCCUAUAUAGACUACUCCAGAUAACUUCGCUUCUUUGAUACUUGUAGCUUAUUGUAAUUUUUUUUAAGAAAUUCAAGGUCAUUAUCAUUGUAUUGUACAAAUAAGCGCUUUGAUUAACACAGCUAUAUAGUUUUUUUAAUUUUUAAAAAACCUGUGGAGACAGUGAUCCUUGUCUUUAAAAUAUGAUAGUCCUUUCAGUAUAAUGUCUUAGAUUAAAGACGUUGCCUUUAAUAUCUGUUGGGAAGGAAAUGUCCAGACUUUUCAAAUCUUUUAUUAUAUGUUUCCUUUUUUGUUUACAUAGGGAACAAUGUUUAUAGUUGUGUGUACAGUGGGGGUCUACAACAAGAAGUGUAUAUUUUCAAACAAUUUUUUAAUGAUUUAACAAUUUUUGUAAAUCAUUUUCAGGCUUCUGCAGCUGUAGAUUCUCACUGUGAAUCCCCUGCUUGCUCAUGCAUAAGUGUAUUUGCAAUACCAAAUAUACAGGUUUAGUAUUUUUGCCUGUUAGUGAUUGUUUCACAUGUGUAACGUUUUGGUUGAGAUGUUAAAUGGUGGACGAGUACUGUGGAUGUGAAUGUGGAAAGUAAUUUUAAUCAAGUGUAAUUGGUCACAAGGCCUAAGUUGCAGUAACUAUUGCUGUUUUAUUUAACAAUGCCUUGUUGCUUUGUAUGCAUUAACGUUUGGGUGUAAAGAUUGUGUGUCUAUCCAACAGGGAGCCACAGUAUUUAAAUUGACCAGCCUAAUGUUACAACUACUUUUGAGGUGGCCAAAUGUAAACUAAAAGCCUUAAUUAAAGUGGUGCAAUUUUGUAUAACUUAGCAUCAGUAGUUCAAUAAAUUUGGAUUGCCAUGCAA